AUGACGACGGAUCGCCACCCGAACCACCCUCCAUCCUCGCCCCUUGAUGCUCAAUCCAAGCAGCCCCGCGCCCACAACAACAUGAUAGGAGACUUAACCGACGAGAGCGCUGCUUCCGUAGUCAAGGAAUCGGGUAGCUUUGCAGAAACAUCGACUGCCCCUGCUGGAACAGAUGCAUUGAGCUUUCGGCGCGCAGGUUUUGGUGCCACUGUUUCCCCUGCUCAGAUUGCCUCGCAGAAGCAGCUUAACGAAUAUCGAGAAAAGCUUGCGCGCGAUCUCGAACGCCGUGAAAUGUCAGCCAGAAGUUUGAUGGCAAGCCCAAAUGAAAAGAAUCGGGUGUCUCCUAUCCCCGAAGAGGGCGUUUCAAGUUCACCGCUCCAAACCUCAGCUCUCACGACGACUUCAACCGAAUCGAAUGCCACAGUUCGAGGCGUUCCUACUCCAGGGCCUAUUGCAGGCACUCCAUCCUAUCCUUUCCCACGCAUGGUGCCUCCUGCUUUCGUGCCUUCAUAUCUUCACAGACCCUUCACCACACUCUCCCCAACAGGUGCUCCUCGAUCCUUCAGCUAUGGUUCUUUCGAUGUCUUGAGCAUGGGUGCUCAGGACAAAGUCCUUUCAAGCACUUCGACUCCAGCGUCCAACUUCACCUUCAACCCGUCCGCUAUGUCGCCACAUCCCGAAAACCUCGAUUUUCCUAACCCUAGCCUGUAUGACCUCUCUCUAAUGCUUGCGGCUGAGCCUGGCUUAGAUGCUUGGUGGUCAAAUGUUGUCCAAAUUAUGAGAGAUGUGUACAAAGCCGAACGGGUAACACUUGCUGUUCCAGCUGACUCAACAGACAUCGAAAACGUUCCUUGGGGCCAAAAGGCCACUUUCAACCAGCAUAAGGAGGACGAUCUCAGUCUCGGGUAUAUGGCUGCAAAGCAGUCUAGCAGUAUUGGCUUAAGCACUAGCGACUACGACAAAGCUGGCUCUGGGUCUAACACAACACCAUCUGUUCCUGAUGACAGUCUGCACGCCAAUUCUGCCCGGCCUGGCUUAUAUAGCCGGCAUUCAUUCACGGCGUACGAAGAGAACAGAGAGAGAGCCCAGAACCAGCCCAACGCCCAGACCCGUCGACCUGCAUAUUUAGCCAGAAGCCAGAGUAAUUAUCCCGUAGGACGUGCCUCCAGGGAGGCUUAUGCUGAAUUUGGCAAACUGAACAAGUCAUCACUCGAUGAACACGAUGCCAUUGAACAACAGAUUCCAAGCUGGGAAGCGCCGCUCAUGGGAGACAGAGAAAGCCAGGGCCGGGUCCUGCCAGUACUGCAGGCUCUUGAUUAUGAGGCCGACCCUCUUAUUGACCACAGCGGAGUUAUGCGAGUAUUGGAACGUGGAAGGGCCAUCGCACUAACAAGAUCAUAUCCUUAUCUUGCUGACGAAGCUCCUUCUGAUCCUUCAAAGAAGUCAAAAUCUACUGCCCAGGAAUCUUCCUCAAACACGCCUAGAAGCUUUAUCAAACCACGCUCAGACUCGUUUUCGAAACUAUCGUCGAUGUUUAAUUCAGCUAGUUCUUCUCGUCUACCGACACGAAGCAAGACCCAUUCAGCUGCCGAUAGAGCAAAGACCAUAGCAUCGCGUUUAGAUGGUCGGUUGGAGGAGGAUAUGCCCCGGCCUCGAACUCCCAAGUACGAAGAAUUUGAGCAAGCGCCGCCAUCACCUUGGUCACAAUCUCCAGCCCCAUCACCCGCUCUGCGAGCCGACCCCAAAGAAAACCCGUUUUUUACAGACGCCAUGGUGGACGAAGAUUCGUUCAACCCAGAUACUGGCACAGACGAUUAUACCGGAAUGCGACCCCCCGAAGCUAUCGGUGUUGACAACUCUUGGACUGUUCUUCACAUCCCCCUCUCCCACGUCCUGCUCUCCAAACCUACCCGAACAUUCAAACUUGACAGUACUGUAAUGGAGCAAAGGUCUCACUCCCGAGCCAAGAGCGAGAGCUUCCCUGCAUCUGGUGAUGACGGUGGCCGCAACACACCAGACAGUUUCAAAAAAGACAAGCCAGCACCUAUCGCUAUUCUCUCUAUCCUGAGUCCGAUUAUCCCUUAUCCAUCUAACUUGAAGCACUCCCUCGAGCACCUGGCUCCCCACAUGGCCACGACAUUCUCCUUAUGCCGACACUACAGUAAUCUCGAGACCGAACUUGCAGGAUUGCAAAGAAAAAGGCCCCAGACGACCGGGUUUGGAGCUGUUGCACACGACGGCCGUCCUCUAGAACAUUUGGCUUAUCUUACAGCCGAUGACGUUGUUCCUCACCAGUCUUUAGCUGGUAGUAUGACAAGCCCUAGCGAUUACUCGGGUGUUUCGAAGAGUGCUACUGGCUCUCCACUAGGAACACCAGGAUGGGACCAGGGAUCUGGUGGCUUUAUUUCCGACAAGCGGCAACCACCAACUUCAAGUCCGGCAGCGACGACCUCGGGAGAAGGGUACUUCACUUCUAGGCAAAGACCAAUGCCUUCCCGACACGAGACCUUCGGCGGUACAAGCAACCCACGACUUAGAACAAGCUCGAAAGAUUCUUCUCCAGCCGAGAAGCGGAAUCCACGCCUUAGCGGUCCUUCUGUUGCACCGGAAGGUUCGGACACAAGCCUGUCUGCAGACGGCAAGACAGUUCGCACUUCUUCCGAUGAAUCGACCACUGGCUUGGCCAAGAAGUCGACACAAACAGAUGCUCCAGAUGUCAGUAUAGAUGCUCUGGAUUCUACGAACCAUGAUAAUGCAGCUGAAAGCUCGGCUGACACUUCCAAGGCUGGGCAUGGCGCUCGUCAAGUGCAUAGCAUGCUUCAUUCUUAUGGAGCAGAUUUUGCUUCGACAUUUCAAUCUCUUCCGCCUAGCUCUACCCUUUCGGCUCGACCGACCCCUGUUUCUGCUCCCUCUCGAAGUGGUUCACUAACUACCACGGCCGUUGAUAUGCCACCGCCUUCCGACAGGCUAAAGGGACUGAUUUUAGAUUCCCUACCUGCGCAUGUGUUUGUUGCACUUCCACAAACCGGAGAGAUUGUCUGGGUCAACAGUCGUUACCUCUCGUAUCGAGGCCAAACAGCAACAGACCUUGCUGCAGAUCCAUGGGGAAGCCUUCACCAUGAUGAUCGAGACGAUUACUUAAAAGCAUGGGGCCAUUCAAUUCGAACAGGCGAGCAAUUUUCGAGAACAGUCCGGAUCAAGCGAUUUGAUGGUGCAUACCGAUGGUUUUAUGCAAGGGCUGUUGCAUCGAAGGAUAAGAGGGGAGUUAUUAUGCAAUUCCUUGGAUCGUACAUGGACAUUCACGACCAGCAUAUCGCUGAGCUCAAAGCAGCCCGGCAAGAGGAGAUCGAGGCUUCGGAAGCCAAACAUCGAUUACUUGCUAAUCUCAUUCCACAAAUCAUUUUCACGGCCACAGAAGAUGAAGGAAUCACCUUCGCCAACGAACAGUGGUUAUCUUAUACUGGCCAAAGUUUCUUGGACUCACUUGGACUAGGCUUCAUGGACUACGUACAUCCGGAUGAUCUUGCUAAGUGCCGCAUCCCCUCGACGCAGCCUUCAACACCCAGCGCGCAACGGCGCGAAGGACAAACCAAAUUCUAUCGACAGGGAUCCACACUAUCCGAAGCAGCAUCAACCAGUACGAUACAGCCACCCAAGUCUCGUACACCCCAAGGCUCGCCUCUACGUAACACACAGCAAUCACUGUCUAGAAACGAUAGCUCCGGUAGUAGCUCAGCAUAUGAAUGGCCUGCUGCUGACCUUACCGAACUCGCUCGAAAAGGUGUCAUCAAGGUUGCGACUGAUAGCGCUGGCCGAGUUUCAUACACGACUGAGGUUCGGUUACUUUCUAAAACAGGAGAAUAUCGCUGGCAUCUGAUUCGAUGUGUCGAGAUUGACACUAUUGAUUUCGGCAGCGGUGCUAGCUCCUACUUUGGAUCUGCAACGGAUAUCAACGACCACAAGCUUCUCGAAACCAAGCUUAAAGAAGCCAUGGAAUCCAAAGGAAGAUUCCUUAGCAACAUGUCGCACGAGAUCCGUACCCCUCUAAUUGGAAUAUCUGGCAUGGUCAGCUUCCUCCAGGAUACUACUUUGAACGAAGAGCAGCUCGACUAUACCAACACAAUACAAACAAGUGCCAACAGUUUGAUCAUGAUUAUCAACGACAUUCUCGAUCUAUCUAAGGUCGAUGCUGGUAUGAUGAAACUGAAGUACGAAUGGUUCCAUACCAGAUCCAUUAUUGAAGAUGUCAACGAACUUGUUUCGACAAUGGCGAUUGCUAAGCGACUGGAGCUGAAUUAUCUCGUGGAGGCUGAUGUGCCUGCUUGGGUCAAGGGUGACAAGGUGCGAAUUCGUCAAGUUCUGCUUAAUGUCACUGGCAACGCCAUCAAGUUUACUUCUGAAGGCGAGGUCUUCAGUCGGUGCCGUGUGUACGUUGCAGAGGGUUCGCAUGUGGAUGAGAAUGAGAUCAUGCUCGAGUUUUCCGUCACCGAUACGGGCCGCGGAUUCUCGAAAGAGGAGGCUGACUUGAUUUUCAAGCCAUUUAGUCAGAUCGACGGAAGCAGCACGCGCCAGCACGGCGGGAGUGGUUUAGGGCUCGUUAUCUCUCGGCAACUGGCUGAGCUGCAUGGCGGUAGCAUGACUGGUAGAGCAACACCGGGUAAAGGUUCUACCUUUACAUUUACAGCACGAUUCGGUCUCCCUACAACCGACGACCACCCUAAUUUGCCUGACAGCCCUCCACCUACUAGUGCUUUCACACCAAGGCCAGAGAUGAUGGACAAUGUUCCCAGCACCAUCAAGCCUCUUCCUCCGCCAAGACACCUGCGCAAUGUCGAAAAUGCUAGCCCAGGAGGUGCAAUAUCAGAGUUCACGUCGCCUGGGGGUAUUUCUGUUGGUAGCUCGAAUCCAUCUGUUCGUUCAGCCAAGUCGCACAUCACCGACCGAUCAUCCGCCACAUCAGUAACUGGAGGUCUGGCCCGCUUUAGCGAAGCAGCAAAGGCUAGUGGGCAAGACCUUUCCCAGAUGAAGUUGGAGAUGCCCUCAGGACGCAGCUCUCCUGGCACUCACCUCUUACCUGGUACUGGAUCACCAGAGGAUUUCCGGCCACCCAUGUAUUCGAUUCUCAUCAUUUGUCCCCAGUUCCAUAGUCGCGAAGCCACCACUCAGCACAUUGAGAUGACUUUGCCAAAGGAUGUUCCCCACCAGAUCACGGCUUUGGCGAGCGUUGAGGAGGCGCAAACGUUAAUUGGAGGCGAGGAUCCCAUCAAGUUUACUCAUAUUGUCAUCAAUCUUCCAGCGGCCGAAGCGAUAAUUGGACUCAUGGAUGACAUUACCAGAUCCCAGACGAUAGACAAGACAACCAUUCUUGUUUUGUCCGACUCCGUACAACGACAAGCGGUCAUCAAGCUGGCGGCUAACACCAAGUAUGAGCAACUCCUUUCGGACAACCUGGUGACUUUCAUUUACAAACCUGUGAAACCAUCGCGGUUCGCUGUCAUCUUCGAUCCAAACAAGAUGCGCGAUCUUAGCAUAGAUCGGAAUCGCUCUACAGCGCAGCAAAUGGUCGAGAAUCAGAAGGCUAGCUACCAGGAGAUUGAACGGCGCAUGGGCAACAAGGGCUAUAUGGUGCUUCUGGUUGAGGACAACCCUGUUAACCAGAAGGUUCUGAUGAAGUAUCUCAAGAAGAUCGGUGUCGAUGUCGAGAUCGCCGUCGAUGGCGCUGAGUGUACCAACAUGGUUUUGUCCAAGCCACACAAGCACUAUUCGCUUAUCCUGUGUGAUCUUCAUAUGCCUCGUAAAGAUGGCUACCAGGCGUGUCGUGAGAUCAGACAAUGGGAAACUACCAACCAUUACCCCCAGAUGCCCAUCAUUGCCCUUUCAGCCAACGUUAUGUCAGACGUUCAGGACAAGUGUGUGGCGGCGGGAUUUAGCGAUUACGUCACGAAACCAGUCGACUUCAUCGAUCUCAGUAGAGCUAUGUCCAAGUUCUUCUGA